CUAAAACAAGGGUUUUUUCUGUUUGUCAAAACCAAAGCAUGCCAGUUGGUAUAUUGAAUUCAAAUUCUGUUCAGUAGAUUGUAUAUGUCUAUCAGUUGUUAUAGGUAAAAUGCUUUAAUGAGUCAUUAAUGGGUUUUUUUAUUCAAAACAUAUAAGUAUUUUGAUAUGAUUGGCUUGCUGAUAUUUAGAAGGCUUGACAAGAGUGAAUGCCUUAUCCCCAUAAAUAUGUCUUGUGACUUUAGGAAUUUCCUGGGCCAGAGUGUAAUUGGGUUUGGAAUGACGGCUCGUUCCAGAUAUCAAUAAGCUUUCUCCCCCUAUAAAAUCUGCUCUCUGAGAGAACAGAAGAGCUUGGCAAACUCAAAAUAUGUUGGAAGGUGUUUUUUUCCAAGUGAGGGAAAAAUCUUUUAUUAAAAUUUAAUUAUGGAAUGCUUUUAACGUGCAUCCAUUUUAAAGUUUGUUCUUUACUGUUUAUUAAAGCCAGUAUUUGAAAGUGGGAUUGAGGGAAAUGUUGGAAAAAAGUAUUUUUAAAUAUUGUGGUCUUCCAUGACAAAAAGAAAUUGGACAAGAAAUUUCACAAGUAAUGUCAUCUCCCCAGUUUUCCAGUAUUGCUUCUGCUCCAGAAGGAGUCAAGACAAGAACCAGUUUCACAGUUCAUUUCUGCAAUAUCUAGUUAUCAAGCUUCUAGUAAAGGUCAUUUCCUAGUGUUAAAAAAAUUACUUGUAUCUGAAAAUUCCAAAUUUAUAAGCUGGCUAACUUGAGUUUUCUUGUGCCUGCCUUUGAGUGUGUAUGCACUGUGCUGUAGUUUUACAUUUUGAAAGCUGCCUCUGUUAUAGUAGCUAUUCUCCAAAUCUUGUUCUCCAAGUGAUAUUUGUACUGACUCCCAACCUCCGAUGAAGGAAGUAGAUGCCUAACAGGGGAAUUUCUCCUAAAAUGCCAAGUUAAGUGUGGCUAAACUUCCAUGUCUGCCAGCUUAGCUUUGAUACUGUUCUAUAAAUGUACUUACUGCAUCUUUCUUUAGAUGUCCCAUAGAUGACAUUAAGCCAAAAAUAGCACUUUGAAUCUGAGUGAAAUGGUAUAUCAGGUACCGUGCUUCUAAUUGGCUGAAGUACUGCACUCAAUUAACACAUCAAUUCAACUAGUAUCUGGCAUCCGCUCUUUUUCUUAAAAUCAUCUUGUAGAUUCUGGAAACUGCUGUGCUUCUGAACUCUACUGAACCUGUUAGUCUUUACCAUGCUAAUUCGCUUGUAGCCCUCUCGUCUUCUCAUACAUUUUCAGACAUAUGGGCAGAGCAGCUGACACAUUCCAGUCCAAAAGUCCAUACACAAGUAGCAUGAUAUGACCUGUCUCCACCUACUUGAGAACAGGCCAAAACCGCAUUGUUUCAAUUGUGGUUCUGAAGACCAUCAAAUGAAAGACUGUCCAAAGCCACGAAAUGCAGCUCGUAUAAGUGAGAAGAGAAAGGAAUUUAUGGAAGCUUGUGGUGAAGCGAGCAAUCAGAAUUUUCAGCAGCGUUAUCAUGCGGAAGAAGUAGAAGAGAGGUUUGGGAAAUUUAAACCAGGAGUAAUUAGUGGGGAACUUCAAGAUGCACUUGGUGUCACAGAUAAGAGUCUUCCUCCAUUUAUAUAUCGCAUGCGUCAGCUGGGUUAUCCUCCGGGUUGGCUCAAGGAGGCUGAAAUGGAGCACUCGGGACUUGCACUUUAUGAUGGAAAAGAUGAUGGUGGAUCAGAAGAUGAAGGAUCUCGCCAACCCAAAUGCAUCACUUACGAUGUCUCUAAGUUGAUAAACUAUCCAGGCUUUAACAUAUCCACUCCAAGUGGGAUCCCUGAUGAAUGGCAGAUAUUUGGUUCCAUCCCCAUGCAGCCAUCUCAACAGAAGGAUGUUUUUGCUCACUACCUUUCUAAUUUUCAUGCGCCAAGUCCAAAGCCUAGCAAUAAAAGGGCUGCAUCUCAGUCAAGAUCUCAUCAUUCAAAACGACCAAAAGAAGACAAUUCAGAGGUACCAGCAGCUGACAUGGACCUAGAUUCUGAUCUGGAAGCAUCACAAAGAGCUCAAACUCAUAACAGUUUUCAGUUCCAACCUCCGCUGCCACCUGGACGUCCAUCAAUGUCAACUCCUCCGCCUUUACCACGAGGAACACCUCCACUAAAUCUUCCAUCACCUCAGCCUUCGAUACCCAUCCGCCCUCCUCUUCCUAGGACUACUCCACCAUUGAAUCCUUCCAGUGAUACUCCUCAGCCAAAAAUAGUGGACUCAAUCAUGGAUGAGGAUACCCUGACUUUGGAAGAGCUAGAGGAACAGCAGCGAUUAAUCUGGGCAGCGCUAGAGCAGGCAGAAAGCACAAACAGUGACUCUGAUAUUCCUGUUGAUACACCUUUAACUGGAAAUUCUGUUACAUCAUCACCAUCUAGGAAUGAAGUAGAUCUUGUUGCAGAAGUAAGAUCAUCUGAUAAAGUGAUUACAGUGGAAACUAGGUUUUCUGACAUCAUUGAACAGAUACCAGAAAAUGAACAUUCUGUAACUGGUCCUAAUCCAGGAGAUAGCUUACUUAACUCAAGGGAAAAUCCUGAUCAUACAGAUUCCGAAGGCUUGCUGGAUAAUACUGUGCCUGCUCCCAGCUGUGAGGUUAACAAUGGAGAAAAAGCAGGUGGUAAUGAAGUGGUCACAAGCAUUGAAUCUUCUGCAAAAAACUCCAGUCUUGUUCCUGAUAUGAGCAAGUUUGCUGCAGGCAUAACACCAUUUGAAUUUGAAAAUAUGGCAGAAUCAACAGGUGUUUAUCUACGAAUAAGAAGCGUAUUAAAAAAUUCCCCAAGAAACCAGCAAAAGAAAAAGACUUCAUUUUAACUGUUCUUUCUUUGUUUCAUUAUGUCCAAAUCCCUGCUUCUUUCUCUCUCCUCCAGUUUUACAAACUUGGAUAACUUUCUUCAUCCUUUGUGGGAAGGAGAAAAUAUUGACAAAUACAGCUCUGCCGCAUUCUUCCUUAGAACUGAAGUCCGUGCAGGGCUUCCAUAUUGACCAGGACCACCAAAGUGGCCAGAAAACACAGGAGGAUUUUCCCAAAUUGCAUCAUUCCAUUAAGGAAUAACAUGACUGUUGAUUUGUUAAGAGCUAUUGACUUGCCAAUACAUGAAACUCUUAAAAAAAAAAAAAAAAAAAAAAAAAAAAAAAAAGAGUGGUUUGCUGUUCAUUACUUUGGCAAGGAUUUAUAUUGUCCUUAAGUUUCAGGUGGAUUGGUGAUUUUUUUAAAUAUCUGUCCUUUGUAUGAUAAUCUAUACUUUAUACAUUUUGCUAAUUAUCCUGUAGAUAAGUUUAAUAUAUUCAGAAUGUUUUUAAAAAGGUCUAACAUUCAGAUUUCCCACAUUAAAAUCCUGGCAAUUGGAUGAUAAUAAUCAGGGAUUACCAGCAUUAUCUUCACCAUUUCAAAUAUUUUUAUAAAUUAUUUAUGUGGGUCAGUUUUAAUUACCACUGUAUCUUUUGUAACAUCAUUGUUCAUGUAAACUUGCUGUACAUACAUGUUCAUUGUUGUGUACAGAGGUUUAAUAAAUGAGCUUUUAUAUAA